UAGCUCGACUGCAUGGAUCCAAGAGUGGUCGAGGAGAAGAUACCACUAUUGCUCUCGAAAAAGGAACGCGUGAAUGCUUCAAGAGGUGACUGUCUUUUUGAUGGUAACACAGUAAACGGUGUAACCAAUGACAGUUCAUCUUGUCUUGACUGGGGAUCGUUACUGGUCGUUUACUUGGUAACUUUACUUUCAGAGUCUUCGAGAGGCUUGUUUCUUGCUUCACAGUGGCCUUAUCUUGAAAGACUAGGCGGUACCAAGUCUUUGCUUGGUGUAUUCGUUGCCUUGUUUUCUGUUGGAAGAAUGCUAUCGACAGUGCCACUAGGCUUCCUUAGUGAUCGGUUUUCAAUCAAAACUGUGUAUCUUUGGUGUACUGUAUGUCAAAUUUUUGGUCAUUUCUUAUACUGUGUGGCUCCUCGAGUGUCGAUUCUUCUUUUGUCAAGAGUAUUAGUGGGAUUUGGCAGUGCAACUAUGAGUAUUUCACGUGCUCACGUCACCAAAGCGACUACUCUAUUGGACAGAACGAAACACUUUGGUUACCUAUCUGCUGUUCAGUUUGUGGGGUUUGCAGUUCUCCCCUUGGCAAAUGGAGCACUUGCCGAGUUACCUAUGUUCUCAUGGGCCUUUAUUGUCUUUGAUCCUUUAACUUUGCCCGGUUGGACAUUAUUUGCUGCCAAUUCACUAGCCUUACUUAUUAUUAUUUUGUACUACCGUGAUCCCGAGUCUACAGUUAGUUCCUCCUCAGAUGACAACUAUACUAAAAGUGCUUCAUUUUACCCUUCCCAGCACCGUCCAGAUUUUUCAGUUCUAGGAGCAUGUCUCUUCCUGAAUGUUUGCUUUCGAGGAGUGAUAGCCGAGUUCGAAACGAUAAGUUCACCACUUAUGAUUGAUAUGUAUCAUGUGAGUGUUGCAGAUACUGGGUUUAUCAUCGGAAUGCUAGGUUGCCUCGGUCUGGCAUGGUAUUUAUCGUUAGCUUGGCUAUCAAAAUUUCUUGGUGACGCACAACUGACGUUGAUGGGUUUGCUGCUGUUAUUGAUUGGUACGUUGUGGUUGGCAAUUCCCACUGGUCGUCCCUCCUUCAUUAUGUUCCUAUUCAAUAUGGGCCUUGUUUGGAGUGUAGCCUAUCCCAUUGGACAGACUGCAGUACUUUCCCUCUUUUCAAAGGUACUCAAGAAUGUUUCUGUUGGUGGUUUUUUGGGUGUCUUUUCAGCUCUCGGAAGUUUUGCUAGAAUCAUUUUUGCAUGUUUGGCUGGUGGUUUGUGGAGUAUCGGAGGUUUUCGUUCCGUCUUCACUUGUGCAGUUAUUUUUGUGGUGGCAUCCAUAUUUGUAUUUGCAUUCGCAUUUACUUCGUUUCAUGAACAACUGAAAGUCCAAGGUCGAUCGAAUAUUUAAGAGUCGAGUGUUAAGCCACAUU